AGUGACUUGACUUCCCCUCCCCCACCUCCCGCAGUACGAAGUGAGAGCUCGAGCUGAGAGGUCACGGUGCGUCCGUCCAGCAUUGUGUUCGGGAUCGUAGCCCGAGAGUGACGCGAAGUGUUGCCUAUUUUCGCGCAGUUUAUUUGUUUUUGCGCAAAUCAGUGCGUCUCUCCGUGCCCACAGUGCGAGUUGUUGUGGCCCCUUUGUGCGUCGCUCCGGAAAAUGUUUGUUAGUGCGCUGUGCAAGCCGAGCUCAGCUUGCUUCGCUUUGUGCAGCGGUGGCAGCCUCGAAGUGCAGCAAGUGCAGUGACGGAGUGCAUGGCCCUGGAUAUCGCCAGCUCCUCACUGAGCAGCUGACAAGCCCACUGUGGAUUACGUCGGCUGACUUCCCUACCUCUGCGCCCCACAGCUGCCCCCAGCUGUGAACAGCUGCUAUCGGGUACAGCCUCCCAGUUGCAACAUAACCUCUCUCAAGAUGGACCCUACAACAGUCUCAGGAGCCAACUUUGCCAUCCGAAGCUCGCGGGGGCGUGAAGCUUGUGAUGAGGGCACAAAGCUCGGUGAUCACCUGGACAGCAAGUGUAACUCUGUGUAUGAUUCAGGGUGCAUAGACUCUGGGUUCCACUCUGGAGCCAACCUUAGUUCAGAACAAUUUGUGUCAGAGGAGAUAAGGUCAUCUAGACAUGGUAGUGAUACGGAACUUGACCCUCCUACCAAGUCUGUAGAUAGUGACUCUAAAAGUUAUACCCGGCUAGAUAGUGGUGUGGAUCUAUGCCUAAAUGACCAGUUUAGCAGUUUAAAUUUAAGAAGCACGAACGAUCUCAAUGAGCCUCCGUCAAAGAGUCCCAUGUACCUACCUAACAUCAAUGUGCCAACUGUAGAAUGUACAACAGUGUCGCCAUCAGAAAAGUCAACGCCAUCACCUGCCCCAUGGGAAUUUUAUUACCAACAGAAUGAAGAAGGAGACACGUAUGAUGUGCGUCCACCUGGCUGCGCUCAACGGUCACGCCGCGGCGCUGCAGUACCUCGUCUGCGCGGGGGCCAACAUCAACGCCAGGGAGGCGAAGAGUGGGCGCACCGUACUGCACCUGGCGGUGGAGUAUGAGAGGACAGCUGUCCUGCAGCUUCUCCUAGAAGACGUGCUGCAGCUGUUGCAGCUCGACGCCACAACAUACGCCGGACACACGGCCUACCAGCUUGCGUCCUGUGUGGACGCGGCACUAGCCAACAGAUUAGCUACGCGAGGCGCCCAGCCCAGGGCGUUCCCGGUCGAUGACAGCAGUGAGGACGAGGAUGACGAGGAGAUGUACCGGGCCUACCAUGGCAAUUGCUUUCAACAACUGGCCACUCAGAUAACUAGUUGAGGUUUCAUGCAGUGUUUGUCAGGUAACACUCUGCUCUUGCAAGUCCAUACUCAUUUUCCAGAUUUGGAUUUGGGGAUCAAAUUUGCAGGCUGAUUUCUUUAGUAACCAUUAGUGAACCUUGUUAAUCAGACAUGUAUCAAGAUAAAGUAAGCUGAGUCCAACAGAACCAUCACCUAAGAUGAUCUUUGACAGGAAGUUACAGUAGUAGUAUUAGAAAAGCCAGCCAGAUUGUGUAUUAAAAAUAGGACUGCCCAACAGACUGAUUGACUGACUGUGAAUAUAUGAGUGCUGCCUGCUUUAUGUCAAUUUAAUUUUAGUAUUGAAUUGCUUUUUGUGGCACAAAAAAUGGAGCUUUAGAUUUCCACUUCUAAGGAUCAAGUGAUUACAUUUUCAUUGUUAAAGUAAUUAGUAUCUAAAUAUAGCAAUCAUUCCUUGUUAAUUAGUCACAAUUGCGAUGCCAAGUAAUGCUGUGCAAAUUGGACAGGUUUAAGGAGAAUUCUUGGCAAAACAUUUGAAAAUUAUCUGAAGAGAUUGGCUUUGGACCAUUUGUUGCAAUGCAAGUGUACUUGAUUGUCACACAUUUAUGCUAUCGUUGUGUAUUAGAGGAGAUAGUCAUAUGACAGCCACUGAAAACUCAAUGCUAUAUUCCAUAACAUUUUAAAUUAGAAAUUCUCAGGCUUCUAGCUGAUACUGGUUACAAGCCAUGCAUCAACCUUCUCAAAUUGAUGUUACUAUAAAAGGAAGUAAAGCAUAUAUUUUUAGAUAUUUCUCUAGAGUGCUUUCUGAAUUAAAGUUCCAUGCAGAAAAUUAAACGUAGUGGUUCUGUGUGCAUAACUUUCAAGAAUAUUUUGUUGUGAUCAUUUAAUGAACCAAUCUGUGACAUUGUCAUUGUUUCUCCAUUUUCUUUAAGGGAAAAUGUGAUUGAAAUAUAUUUGUGAUUCUGUUACAUUUUAAAGACUGGGCUUAUGUGUGGAAUCAGAGGCAGGUAGUCCUUUGUCUCUUAUCCAUUCAUUGUUUAAAAGUACAACUUUUACUCCUGUAAUCAUGUUUUGAUGAGUGCUGUCAAACAUUGUAUCCUAUUUAUUUCUAGCUAUAAUUUUUAAAUGACGUAGAUACUUAUUUUUUCUUUUAUACUUCACAAAAGUUACUGUUCACCCCAAGCUUUAUGGUCUGCAUCAACUGCAUAAUCCAAACGUGUACAGAAGGCUGUCUCAAGUAUUAAAUAAUAAGAAUUCUGUUUGCAAUGUUCAAUGCAGUUUGGUUAUUUGCCGAUGUGUCUGCUAAUACCUGCGUUUUUUAAAAAGAAAAUUGGCAUCAUACUGUUUUACAAAAAAGAUCCGCUUCAGUUACUGAACUUAGACCACUAUUGACUAUCAUGUUGUUCCUUCCUGAUACAUGUAUAAGUGCUCUUGAUGGGUGUUUGUAAAUAAGAUGGUGUGCAGAAUGCACACCAAUGUAUGUAUUCUAACAUCUUCAUUCAUAGUUCCAAUGUCAUGGCAGCAAUAGAGACUUUGUUUUCAAUUUGCCGAUAAUGCUCUAGAAAAAAUGUUGUCACUCUUGGUUUAUUUUUACUAUAAGGUUGUAUAUAGUAUUGUAAAUAUUUACUCUAAUACAUCUUUUAAAGUGUUUAUUUGAA